GAGUUGACAAGCAAAGCAGCGACUCACUCGCACUCUGGAGCUUACAGCACUGAGCCUCUCGUCUUUCCUUUCUCCUCGCUCUCACUGCCCCGCUUUGCUUCACCACUGAAGGAGUUUUGCACAUCUCCUGUCCUGGAGUUGGAAGAACCACAGCUUUACUUAAGACUUGUGAAGGGAAAGCAGAAUAAAGACGAAGGAUGGAGGAAAAGAAAGCACAGAAAAGGAGAAAGUGUUAAAAGAGACAGGAUUUGUGUAAAGAAGCAGGGACAGACAGUUGGAAAAAAUAGACAAGAAAAAGUGUGCAAAAACCGAAAAGUAGCAGGAAGUGAAAACAAGUAGCAAGUGGAACACCUGAAGAGUAAGGUUGAUAAGAGAGACUAAGGAUCACUGGAAGUGUAACAGCCGUGGCGGCCCACAUGCCCAUCGAUUUCGUUUGCAAAAUCAAGUUUGCUGAGGGAGAUGAGGCCAAAGCGGCCCCACCGAAAGGAGGUGGUGGCAGCCCGAUAGACAAAGGAGCAGGCAUGGCUGACCUAGCUGCUUUUGCCAGCUCCUCAUCGCUGCAUGGCCUGGCUCAGGUGUUGGGGUCGUCAGGAUCAGGCCGGGCAAGCAUGAGGCGGACAGUGUGGGCCCUGGCCCUGCUGGCGUCACUCAUGCUCUUCCUGUACCAAGCGUCCCGGAGCACAGGUACCUACCUGGAACACCCACAUGUGGCCGCACUGAGUGAGGAGAGCAGGCGUGAGCUCACCUUCCCUGCCAUUACGCUGUGCAACGUCAACCGCUUCCGCUUCUCUGCGCUCACCGAUGCCGACAUCUACCACCUGGCCAACCUGACCGGGCUGCCACCAAAAAGCCGCGGCGGGCACCGUCCAGGUGAGCUGCAUUAUCCGCCUCCUGACAUGCUGGACAUCUUCCAGCGCACUGGUCACCAGCUUGAUGAAAUGUUGAAGAGCUGCAACUUUAGCGGACAGAACUGCUCCGUGCAGGACUUCAGUGUGGUGUACACACGCUAUGGGAAAUGCUACACCUUCAACGGGAAUAAGACCUCACCAAAGCGGACUCGGCAGGGGGGUAUGGGGAAUGGCUUAGAGCUGAUGCUGGAUAUACAACAAGACGAAUACCUCCCCAUUUGGAGAGAAACCAAUGAGACCACUCUUGAGGCUGGGAUUCGUGUUCAGAUUCAUAGUCAGGACGAGCCUCCCUAUAUCCACGAGCUGGGAUUUGGAGUCUCACCAGGAUUCCAAACCUUCGUGUCCUGCCAGGAACAGAGGCUGUCGUACCUGCCUCAGCCAUGGGGAAACUGCCGUGCGUCGACAGAGCCAGUGAUCCCUGGAUACGACACGUACAGCGUGAGUGCCUGCAGACUGCACUGCGAAAGCGUCCAGGUGCAGAGAGAGUGCAACUGUCGGAUGAUACACAUGCCAGGAAAGGCGGAUAUCUGUACACCUGCAAAAGUGAAAUGUGCCGACAGAGCACUCGCUUUGCUGGAGAUAAGCGCAGGAGACUCGUGUGUGUGUGAGACACCGUGUAACGUUACACGCUACGGAAAAGAGCUCUCGAUGGUUAAAAUUCCCAGCAAAGGGUCGGCACGCUUCCUCUCUCGCAAGUACCACAAAACAGAGGAGUAUAUCAGGGACAACUUCCUCGUCCUGGAUGUUUACUUUGAAGCGCUGAACUACGAAACGAUCGAGCAGAAGAAAGCAUACGACAUAGCUGGACUGUUAGGGGACAUUGGAGGCCAGAUGGGACUUUUCAUUGGAGCCAGUGUUCUCACAAUAUUAGAGAUACUCGAUUACAUCUACGAGGUAAUCAAAUACAGGAUCAAAAGACUCCUGAGACCACAGAAGCACAAGAACCAGCAGAGCCAGAGGAGCCAGACGCAGAGAACAAAGAACCUCCAUGACCUGAAUCUUAGAGCCCAGCUAACACCGAGCACCAUUGCAACAGUCAGACUAGAGGAAUUUAAGCCCAAAGAGGCUAAUGAUGGGACGAGAGGUCAACCCCAUAGUGUAUUUCCAGCUUCAGUGUUACCAAACCAUCACACACAAGCCACUGGACAGCAGGACUUUGCUUGCUAAGAGAUGAUUUCUCUGUAGUUUUCAUUACUGUCUACAAUAAUUUCUCAUUAGACUUUUGGCCCUUGGUUGGAACCACACACUGGAAUUAAAUAUUUCUGUUUAUCACCUGUAAAAGCUGCAGCCAAAGUCAAACCCACAGGGAGCUCACAGUGAAUGCCCCUUUUCAGCCAGUGUAAAGGUAUGUGGCUAGGUGGGGGGGUCAAACUGGCUCAAACCUGCUCCGUUACAUCAGCACGUGGUUGCAUUGGCAUCGUCCUGCAGAAGCACCGGUGGAACAAGGCCAAUUUGAUUCACACAUGCUCUUAUACUGCAUGUAAAUUAUGUUCUUCAGUAGAUUCAUAGCAUUUUUAAGGAGGUUCUAUUUUAUUUAUUUAUUUAUUCGCAUUUGGAUUAAUCCUCUUACUCGAGAAAAACAAGCACAAUACGUUUUUAAUAAGAAGGGUGAAAUUCCC